AUGGAUAGAGAUCCAUCGGACUCGGAAUCGUCGAACUACACGGAGACGUCAUACAACCCAGAAUACUACAACCAUCCAGAUUCAAGCAUAUACUGCAUAUCGUGUGAAUGGGCUAUCUCCACUGAGUACCCUUGGAUGAAAAGAUAUCGAGCGUACACAACGCUCAUAGUACAUUUAACCCCGGGCGGAACCCAGUUGUCGGAUGUUUGUAUAGCCGAAUAUGACUGGCAUGAAGAAGAGUAUAAUACUAGUCCGAAGAACCGCAAUAUUGAGACGUUUGGCCCCUGGUAUUUCAUGGCUGAUAGUAAGCCAGCUAAAGCAUUCAUGAUCCAUGAGUGUUGUUGGCUCCUCUUGAUCAAGCAUUUUGCAAAUGAGGAGGUCAAUCUAGAUAGGCUUUUCGAAGUUUGCAGGAACAUACCCGCCUCAGCGAAGGCUAUACCUUACAGUAAGCUUCUUAUUCCCACGGGCAUACUAAUAUUUAACAAAACUUAUCUAAUUGCUCCAGGAAAGGAAAAUCUUAUCGAAAUUAACGAGGGUCCAUGGUAUCCCCUACAGCGACCUGUGAUUAAGGGGAUUGGGGAUGCUAGCAAAGAGCUUUCGAAAACAAAAGGCUUCAAAAAGGGUUUCAGCAAUAAGACGACUUUUAGGACUGACUGCUUCGGUUUACUCGCGAUGGAGAUAAGACUUGAAAUUGCAGGUUACCUUUCCACUGUCGAUUUCCUCAGUCUUCGAUUUGCAUCCCGAACAAUGGCAGUUCUCUUUGAACUUCAAUCCUUCUGGAAGACAAGAUUUCGAGUGAAUGGAGAUCGUGGAUUUUUGGCUUGUCUAGCGGAUACACCACAAAACCGCAAAAGCAAGAGCUGGCGAUCAAUUUACCGCUGUACUGCAAAGAUUGAACAACAAUAUCUCUACCUUUGGGCAUUACGUCGACAGUGGAGAAACAACCGGUGGCUAGCAGAUAGGUAUUCAAUGGUUAAAGGCUUGGAUGAUCAACCUGGCCUUCAAAAUUGCUUGUUGCUUGGUGAAGUACCCUGGAACGGAGUCUCUGUUGAGAUUCGCUGCGAUAGGAACUGCAGACAGGGGAAUGAUUGGUCGAAGUGCAAAAAUUGCUGGGAAGAGCAUGUUCCCGUUCUGCAAGCCGUUGCAUUGGAAAAUGUUACCAGUUUGGCCGUGUCUAUCUUACCUGAAGGAACAAAAACCUAUAUCACUGGGUUUGAUUUGAUAAGUGCAGAUUUUGGAACCCCGAACACCACUUUAGGAUAUCGACUACCAGGAAGUCAAGUAACAGUCGACCUCCGCGGCCAACAACUACAAGGAUUUACGGUUAUCGCGGGUGAGGGUGGAAUAUACGCGAUACGUCCUAUUUUCAAGACCAACAUCAUUGGAAGUUGGAUAGGUCAGCCAGACGGUGUGUGCAACUCUACGCAACUCGUUUUAGAGGGUGGAAUUAAAGCUAUUUCGGGAAAGUUCGAUGUAAGUCACUUCCGUCACUAA